AUGAUCGUACGACCGCUACACGUUGAACAGGAUGGUUUUGGUCCUGAUGGUGGUAGAGGGGGUAGUGGUGCUACUGGUGGCGCUGGUGGGACUGGUGGGGCUGGUGGAGGGGGUAGUGGUGCCACCGGCGGGAGUGGCGGGCCCGGUGGAGCAGGUCCGGGCCCAAUCGGCACAGGGUGGUCACAAGUGUCGCAAGGUGUUUCACCUCCACCUGGAACUGGCACUGGUAUGGGAACAGGCAUAGGCACGGGUUUGUUGACCACUACAACACCUCCACCACACGGUGGUUCCGCACACGAGUCACACGUAUCGCAUGGUGUUCGUCUCUGCCUGAAAAACUCCUCGUUUAACAACGAUGGCAUGUUUUUCCAGUGGCAAAAGAACCCACUUCGUCAUUCUCCCAACUCUACCAACACAGUCUUUGUCAGCCUCACAAAUUUCCAUCAGCUAACAGUGAUUCUUAAUCUCGAUUCGCAGCCACUGCGACAUCUCAUGUUUGAAUGCAAGUUGCAAUCAAGUUUGCAGAUACUGUAA